UGUUCGUUAUUUAACUCAUCCGAAAAAGAAAAUGGCUGACGUCGCGCGAACAGCGUUCAGCAUCGUAGUUCUUGCAUAGGCAACACGAACGGCACGAUAUUUCUCAACAAGAAAUUGUGUUUUCCACGUUAUAUUUUCACCUUCUAUAGUUCAUCGACUCGGGCGCCUAUUUAGUUUUUCAUUCUUGUGUGUGCUUUAGAACAGACAGAAAAAAACAAUUUUAUUUAUCAAAAAAAAAGAAAAGAAGAAAAAACCAAACAAACAAACAAAACUGAAAGAAAGAAAAAAAUAAGAAAUAAUUUUUUUUAAAGUGGUUCAGUGUUUCGGAGAGAACAGUUGAAAUCAGAAAAAACAGCACUCGACGUACAGAAAAUCAACAGAAAAUUUGCUAAUUAAAAUCUUUAUUUGUGUUUCGUUGUCAACGUCGUCAUCAUCCAAUGUACGGAUUUAAUGUUAAAGCAUAUAACUAAAUUUGAGUAAAAUUUCAUUAAUUGGUGGCUGUGUGUUUGCGUGGUAUAUAAAUUUCUCGCAUUUUUUAAUUUAAACAAAAGAAAACAACCGAAACCGAACUGAAAAAUCUAUAAAUAAAAAAUCAAUCAAGUUAAUUGUGUGUUUUGUUCCACAAUUGUGAAAGUGAAGUUUUUAUUGUAAUCGACGUCAAAAAUCAAAGUAAAUUUAACUUGAGAAGAGCAAACAAAUUAUUGAAUCUGUGCUGAAGGAAAUAAAAAGUGAAGUAACCAAUUGUAUUUUUGAUGGAAUCGUAAUUGGUGAUACUUUUUUGGUGAUUGUGCUGAAUAAAAAGAAGCAAAAUUGAAAAGAAAAAAAUAUUCUGAGAAAAAAGAGAAAUUAGUGAGAUUUUUUUUUUGCUCAAGUGCUGCGACCAAAAUACGGAAUCACAACGAUUCAAUCCGAAAUUGAAUCGAGAAAAAACCAGAAAAGGAAAAAGAAUAAAGAAAAAAUAUAAAAAAAAUCCAAAUAAAUUCAUUCGCUGAACGGGACGUAAAUCGUAUCACCGAUCGAUUGGGACGCGCUUCGUUUUUCGUUUAAUUUUCAUUUCGCUGUGCUUUGAUUUUAUUGAAAAUGAGUGGUUUAUAAUGGUGGCCACGUCGGAAUGAGAUGGAAGCGGCUAUACGUUCAGUUCAGGUUGGCCAGCGGGCUGACACUGCGUCAUCUCAACCACCAGCAUCCAUUUCGUAUCAACAGAGAAUACCAUCUGGAGCAUCACCAAUCCAUAGAAUAAACGAAUCAUUUCCUACGUUUUACUUCAGGCCUGUCGACACACCCCAACCAUAUAGCAAAGGACCACAGCCAACCCCAGCUGCAUCACCUCAAUCUUACAGAGUUCCAGCUCGAGAAGCGCCGAUUAGAUAUGUUCAACAAAAUCCAUAUGGAACAAUGCAGACUUUUCGGGAAGCCCCAUAUGUACGCGUACCACAAGUGCCACAACAAGUUGAAUAUCGAUCGGCUCCGAUUUCAGUUCCAGCAAAUAUAUCAAUAUCUCAUGGUUUACCACCAACCAGUACGAUUGAAACGGUUGCAAACAAUGCAUCGAAUAGACCCCGCAUCUCGCUGUUGCCUGAAGAUCGACGAAUUCCAAGUGAAUACUUGCCGGGCCGGCCACAACAAGCUGCUCCACCAGAUCCUGGUGGACCGCCUGCAUUUAAGAAAAUUCGGCUCACCGAAAAUCAUUCACAAUCACCGCCUCCUCUGCUGAAAGUCGAUGUCCGAGAUCCACCAUCGACUGGUGCCUAUCAUCCGCAAGUGGAAGCCAUAUCGCCAACACCGCCAAACGAUCCAUCGGAAGAGCUGCGCGCCACCAAGGAUGAGCUACUACAGAAAAUCACAAAAGUGGAUAUGGAAAUAAAUAAGGCUGAAAAGACAAUAGCAAUGCUAAAAACAAAGCAGGCGUCACUCGAGGAGACCACCUCGAAACCGGCCAAAGCCGAAGAAAAACAAGAAGUACAACCGAAACAUCGGAGUUUAGCGCAGAAAAUUUAUGCCGAUAAUCGAAAGAAAGCGAAUGCGGCACAUCAACAGAUGGCAACGCUAGGCCCACCAGUCGAAUUGCCUUUGUACAAUCAACCAUCGGACGUAGAAAUUUGUAAAGAAAUUAUCCAACGGCAUCAGUCGUUUAAAUCUAGGCUUUUAUUGCAUUUGAAGAAACUUAAGUCUGAACGAGCAGCUAAAGACCAGGCACUGGUGGAAAAGUAUUCGAUAUUGUCGCAGGAGUGGCUGCGUCGCGUCGAAAAAAUCGAAUCGAGUGCAAAGCGAAAGGCGAAAGAUGCGAAAAAUAGGGAAUUUUUUGAAAAAGUCUUUACCGAAUUACGGAAACAGCGUGAAGAUAAGGAGCGAUUCAAUCGCGUCGGUUCACGCAUCAAGUCGGAAGCUGACGUAGAGGAAAUCAUUGACGGGCUACAAGAACAGGCAAACGAAGACAAGAAAAUGCGCUCGUAUGCAGUUAUUCCGCCACUGAUGCUAGACGCUAAACAGAAGCGAUACGUAUUUCACAAUGAAAAUGGAGCCGUCACCGAAAUGGAAAACGACUUCAAGCAGGAUCGGAAGAACUUGAAUGUGUGGACAACCGGCGAAAAGGAAAUUUUCAAAGAGAAAUUUCUGCAACAUCCGAAAAACUUUGGCGCCAUUGCUGCUAGUCUGGAUCGGAAGAGUGCACAAGAUUGUGUGCGAUACUACUACCUCAGCAAAAAAACAGAAAAUUAUAAACAAUUGUUGCGAAAAUCUCGUCAACGAACGCGAAGCUCCCGUAAUCCAAACAAAUCCAAUCAUACUCAAUCUCAAAGCAUUGUCGAUGCAAUGACAACUGGAGUAACAACGAGAUUGCAACGUGAACAACAACAAAAGACUGGUGCUCGUGCGACGAAUUCAGCAAAUAUAACGCCACCACAAGUAACAACAGGCUCGACAACACCUCCGAAUUCAUUGCCAUCUCAGUUUACGCCUCAAGUGCGCUGCCCUCCAGCCGAAAGCACAGCAUCGACGAUAGACUCAACCAACAAUGUGGCUGAUUCACCAUCAACUGCAUCAACAACGACAAAUAAUGUGAAUGAAAGUGAAACGGUGUCAGUAUCAGCUAAAGCCGGUGACACUGAUAGCAGUGUGAAAAGCAUGGAUGUUGACAUUGAUAAAAAUGAUGAAACCGUUCGAGAGAAAACUGAGGGCACAGCAGCGAACACAACCCAUUCUAGCUCACCAAGCGCGUUGCCAGCAGAUGGCACGGCCUCAAGCGCAAACAAUAGUGGAAAUCCAGCCCAGACAAUGGUUGCCGCCCCAACGACAUCUGCCGCAUCGAAUACCAACUGCGCGAGCAUUGUGAAUACCGUAAAUGGAGUAAAAACGGAAAUCGUUACAUCGUUGGCGAAUAAAGCGACCGCAUCGAAUGCAACGUCGAACGAGAACGCACCACAUUUGAAUAACACAAAUCAAGCGUCAGCCGUGGCGGCGGCACCAACGAACCCAUCACCAUCGUCAUCUUCAUCGUCAUCGUCAUCAUCGUCGUCGUCGUCUGCAUCAUCCGAAAAUGAUACCGUGAAAUUAGAGAACAACAACAAGGCUGUGGAUACAAGUGUAUCAUCUGCUGUGAAUACUGUUGCAUCCAAUGCAAACGAAGAAGAUGAAAAAUUAGACGAAAGUGAGGCAAAGAAGCGACGAAAAGAUACAUCCGAAUCAACCGAGGACGAUACAACCGUUGAUAGCAAAGAUAAAUUGCAUCCGUGUUUCGUGUGCAAGGAGGAGAAUUGUAUGCGAACGCGACCAUUGGAGAAGGGUCGUGGUCAACAGUACGGUAUAUCGGAUGAUGCAAUUCCGGCCGGUGCUCGUGUUUGCAAUACAUGCCAAUGUAAAUCGGUGCGAAAUCGGUAUCCCAGCUGUCCACUGCCAACGUGUCCAAAUCCCAAAGAUCGUGUCAAACGAUUUAGAAACUUACCGUCUCGACUAUUCGAACUGGCACCGGAAAUUCGUGAACCAAUCGUGCAAGAAUUUCAAAUACCACCAAACGUUACGAAAUGUUGUUCGGCUUGUUUGAUAAAAAUAAAACGGAAAUUGGGUCCGCAUUUGCUUGGCACAAAUUUAACCGACGAAGAAAUUGCCAAAUUCAAAACAUUGCUGCAAGACGUCGGACCAAAAUGGUCACAACUGGCCGAAACAUUGGGCAAAACAGCGGUUGCGCUAAAAAGUUUUUACUUUCAUUACAAGAAAAAGUACUCGUUUGAUUUGGCUGUGACUGAAUACUAUAAAACGCAUCCGAGUGAGGAGCGUCGCGCUGCAAUUACCGACGGUGAUGAAUCGGAUUUGAGCACAUCGUCAUGCGAUGAAAAUGAGGGUGGCAGUGAUACGGCAUCCGUUGAAAGUCCCAAAACUACAUUGAACACACAAACAUCGUUAUCGUCUGUGUCGAGCAUAACAAUCAAGAAGGAAGAGUCAUCGGAAUCAACAACGCCCGCCACAAAUACAGAUGAUCGAUUAUUGCCGCCGGUUGCACAGCCACCGCGAAAGCAAAAAGUCGAAGAAUACGAUAGUUCAGCCACUGAAACGGCUGACGAAGAGAAUGAAGCUUCGCCAGGCAAUCGACACAGUCCAAAGGUGUUGCUUUAUCCGAAUCAAACAACAAUUACCAUGGUCCCGUCGUCAGUACAGAAUGGACCACGCGAAAUGAUCAAUCCAGAAAUGACAAAUGUUCGCGAUGUUAUGUUGAAUGUGAUAGAACGAUCGCUGAAGACCAACCAACAGCCACCACCGAAACCAGCCAUUUCCAAACCGAGUGUCCUCGAUUCAAGGGCUGAUAUCACGUUUGUGCACGAAUACCGAAACGACAUCGGAAAACCACAUCAUAUUUCAAGCAUGGCAAACGUCACACAACCAACCGCACUGCCACGAUCAUCGAAUCAAGAAGGAUUGGCCACACUCUCUGUGGUGAAUUCACACGGUCAUUCGCAACAGGUGAUGUCGCAUCCACAUUCGAUUUCCAGUCAAAUUGCCGCAACCAUAACGCCCGUGCAAAGCCAAACAACGGCAUCGAAUCAAAAUCAAUCGUUAGCGGUACCAAAGUCCACCGUUCAUGAUGCUCAAAAAGAAAGUGUUGUGGUGUAUUCGCGUGCCGAGGAGCCGCAAACACUUGAUCUCAGCAUCAAAAAACCGGUACGUGACAACUUCCCUCCGCCCGCUCACUCGAAACCAAUUCCAGGCAGUAGCGUUACCAUGUAUCGCAGCGAUCCACAUGCACAUGCCCAAACGCCACCAUCAAUUAUCAACCCGAAUCCAAACUACUUGAGUGCAAUGUAUGACCACAAUCGACCAUCGAAAUCACCAUCCAUAUUCAUGUCAACAGUUCCAACGUCGAUGCCAAUAUCACAACAACCACUCAAUGCACAGCAUAGCAUUCAGAAUAUGCGUGUCCAUCAGAAUCCAUCGAUCCAUUCUCAAGUGUCACAACAGGCGUCGGCUGCUUCACAGUCGAAAUCGAAAACUGCACCAAAACUCAGUCCAAAGGUUACACAGCAUCCCUCUAACAAUCAACCAAGCGGUCACAAAGGUUCCAUAACACACGGAACACCAGUAAAUUCAAACAAUCAACAGAUUCUGAUCCAAGGCCCAGCUACGCUGAGUCCACGAUUUGAUGGCAUUCUACGGCAAACGCCACCAUCUGGCGAUAAACUCGGUUCAAUCACCCAAGGAACACCAGUACAUUUACCGCCACAUCAUUUGACCGACAAAGCACGAGUCUAUGAUUACUACAAGAACAGUCGACAGAGCCCGGCUCAACAUCAGCCACCGCAACAACCAUCACCGCAAGCAGGCACAUUUGGUUCGCCAUAUCAAGUGCGACCAUCCGGCCCGUAUGCCAUCGAACAGCCAACUCAGUUGAGCUCACGUCAAAUAAUCAUGAACGAUUUCAUCACUUCCCAACAAAUGCACGGUCAACAGUCUCGUGGACGUUCUGACAAAGAAUCACCGUCACCGCGAAGCGCAAACGUCGCAGGUUCACCAGCUUCGUUAUACUACGCGGAAAAGGAACAACAACGACAACGUGCUGAAUACCUCAGCCGAGCAUCACCAGCCGAACACAUUAAUAGUACUCCAAGCCCACACAGAACACCACCACCACAGCGUCAGGGAGUGAUCCAGCGUCACAAUACCGGUGGUUCAAAGCCUCCAAGCCCGGCACCAAAUCGUUUACAUAUUAUACCACAACACCAUUAUGCAAUGCCAGGUCAUGAAGCGUUCUCUUCAUUGGUCGAUGUAGCAGUUCAACAACCAUUGCUGCCAGUUCCUCACAAAGAAGAGAAGCGAUCAAAUGUUCCUGUUAGUGAGCCAUCACAACAUCAUGAGCUCCGUUUUCAUCCUCAUCCUCAUCAAUUAGCUGCUGCUCACGAGCAAAUGGCGAUGAUCCAUCAACAACAAAUGCGAGCUGAAAUGCAAAGAAGACACAUUCAACAACAGGAAAGAGAAAGAGUAGACCGUGAGCGUGAGCAAAGAGAAAGAGAACGUGAACGUGAGCGUCACCAUCAAGAUCGAAUGGAGCGUGAAAGACGUGAAGACCAAUAUCGACAGCGGUCGGGUGAUCGUUGGAAGUCACCGGAACGAGAACGUGCUGAGCGUGAAAGAGAACAAAUUGUAUUGGAAGCACAAGAACAUGAACGAAGACGCUUGGUCAAUGCUGCUGCUGCUGCUGCUGCUGCAGCUGCUAGCAACCAUCCAUUUAUUCGAGAUGGACAAAAUAUUCCGCGUGAUAACCGAACCGGUAGACCAGAUGGUAAUCUAACUGCUGCAAGUCUAAUCGAUGCAAUAAUUACUCAUCAAAUAAAUCAAACAGCAAAUGAUCCUCCGGUGUUGCGAGACGGUCAUCGUCCACCAUUUUUUCCUGGUGGCAGAGAUUUACAUCAAGAAAAUAAUGGAAAAUCACAUUCGCCGAAUGUGAUCAACAUCGAUUUGGAUUCGGAUCGUCGAAAUCCAGUUUUGACAAAGAGCAUAACGCUUGGCGAACUAACGGAUUCGAUCAUUGCUAAGGAUUACAGUCCAAACCCGUUUCUGCCGUUGCGACAAACGGCAUUCAUGCAGUAUCGUCCCGAUCAAGCCGAAAUCUGGAAAAUGAACCGUCGGCUAUCGCAAAAGGAUGGAAUCCCAGCGCCACAGGCACAACCUCAAUCUCAAUUGCCGCCACCACAAUCGCAUAAUCAGGGCAAGCCAUCGUCAAACUCAAAACUGGCAUUGCACGAGAUAAACAGUAGUGCACGAUCGGCGAGUCCACGCACCACCAAAGCAUACCAUGAAUCGAUAACACCUCCCGAAAACUAUCACUACAGUGUACCAGUGUCUGCCCAUUCGCGCGUUCCAACCCAGCCGGGAUCCGGUCAUCAGUUCGCACUCGAUUGCUAUGUUAAAAACCGAAUAGUCGAAGCGAUGCGCACUGAAGAGACGGAUAAACGAGGCGAAGACGUACCCGAACAGCAGCGUCGUACACCUCAAGAGCGACCAACACCAUCUUCGUCUGUUCAUCACAGCAAAGAUAUUGAUCGCAGCUCCACACCUGGCGAUAUGGUCAUUGAUGAGGAGUCGCAAGCGCGCCCAGCAUCGGGCACAGCAGAUCGCAAAGAAAACUGGCCAUCGUUCACAUCGUCAACGUACGCGUAUCCAUUUAGUGCAUUGAAUGUGUCAAGUGCUGCGGCAAAUUUACCGCCACCAAUGAAAUCGGCUCACGUUGAAAGUGAUUCGGGAUCAAGAAGUCAAGCACCACCACAAGAGCCAAAGCCCUUACUUUCCGCUCAAUAUGAAGCGCUCAGCGAUGAAGACUAAUGAAAUGUUCAACCGUUUCAUCCGAAUUCACCUCGGUUCCAUAUUCAGUUGAAUCUGACAUAUUCGUAUGCUGCAUGCAUACACUGUCGAUUUUCAUUUCCAAUUCAUUCCAUUUUUAUUACAUGCUAAACCAUUUAUAUUGAAUUGUAGAUCAGCAACUCUCCUUUCAGAACAAAACCACCCAAGUUACAUUUGAACGCCUUUUUAUUGCAAAACAUCAGCGCUUUGCUAAUUCAAACGAAACAUUUACACUCAUUUUAGAAUGGACAAAUGACAACGACUAAUCUAAUGAAAAAAGAAAUUAAACACUGAAAAUGCAAUUCCAGUAAUCUAUAUACUGAUUGGAACAUAAAAAAAAACUUCAUGAAUUUAUUACACGAAAAAACAAAGAAGAUGGAGAAGAAGGAGAAGAAUAAAAACAUUUAACCAUAAUUAGUUACAUUCAACAUAAAUGUAAAAUUGUAACAUUAUUUUGAAUCAUUGUAUAAUAUGUGCAUUAGAGAAACAAAACAAACAAAUGCUGAACCAUCA